ACGUCUCGCGUGACGCGAUUCCCGCGCCGGAAGUCGGGUGGGCGUGCGGGAGUGGCGAUGGCGAGGCUGGAGGUGCUGCGCGGCGGGCGAUGCCUCCUCCGCCUCCUGGUCCGCCCGGGAGCCGCGGCGGCGGCGGCGGCGGGAGCAGGUGAGGGAGGCCGGGCCCUGGCGAGGCCCCAGGAGGAGGCUGCUUCCCUGGGCGCCGCGUGACCUCGCGACCCCCCGCCCCUCUGACCCCGCAGGCCGCGCCAUGCCCGUCCCCGCCGCGGAUCUGGCCCGGGGAGCCAGAAAAAGACCUCUAAUUCAGGGGAUGCCAACGGUUUUUUGCCCAUGCCCCACAUAAGCAUCUCUCAAUUCCUGAUCCCCCUUUAAUUCUUAUUCUUCUCCUUAUUAUUCAAAAAGUGAACUCCUGUUCACGUGGAGGAAGCCUAAAAGGCCAUUCACUGUUAAUACAGUGGUACCUCGGGUUGCAUACGCUUCAGAUUACACACGCUUCAGGUUACAGACUCCGCUAACCCAGAAAUAGUGCUUCAGGUUAAGAACUUUGCUUCAGGAUGAGAACAGAAAUCGUGCUCUGGCGGUGUGGCGGCAGCAGGAGGCCCCAUUAGCUAAAGUGGUACCUCAGGUUAAGAACAGUUUCAGGUUCAGAACGGACCUCCAGAACGAAUUAAGUUCUUAACACGAGGUACCACUGUGACUCUUUCUUGAAUUGCCACCCUUAAAAAUCAAUUCUCUCCCGUGGGGUGUGUACCCCACGUUGGGAACCACAGUUCGAAUUCUCUUAGGGGUACUUAGAGCCCCGUCUAGAGAAAGCAGAGGCCAACCAGCAUAUUAUUGAGAAUCAAAGCAGCUACUAAGCCUGAUCUUCAUUAACAGAGAAUAAACUGUUGCAACAGAGCUUCCUCCCUCCUUGCAAGCAGACAUGAGAGGCCCAGAACAAUGGUGCACAGGCCUCUAUAAAGAUUUUUGAAAUUGCCCAACCUGUAGUCCAAGACCACCCCCCAAAAUAUCAUACAUACAUCACAGAAGGAGGCGGUCUGCAGCAGAAAUUUGAGAGUGUUGCUUCUCUCCUGUCUGCCAGGAUACCUGAUAAUGCCUCACUUGAUUGCAUUUUCUGGGCAGUCUGGCCAUUCUUUUGUGAUGGUAAAUACUCAGUUCCUGAAUCUCCUACAUGUAUUGAUAGUGUGCUCAGCUUAACAGAUACUUGCCGGACUGUAUUUACAGGGAGGUGUAAGCAGUCCCUACAGUCCAAAGACCAUUGGAAAGCUGCUCCCAUUUCCUUCCUCCUUGCAGAGAAAUAUUUGAGGUCAAUUUGGGAGAGUCAAAAUGGCUUCAGGAUUGCUCUCCAGUACCAUUUCAGACAUGUGGAGUAUAUACUUACGUAUGUGCAUUUGUCUUGUACAUUUAUGAACAUUUAUUCUAUAUUGGAGACCUUAGAAUUCUUAUAACAGCGGGUAGCAUCCUCUAAAGCUCCGCGUUCAGAAGGGUCCCUGGCCCACCACCCAAUGCUUCUUCUGUUUCAGGUCCAAGGGCCGUACUCCUGCCCCGACCGGCCCCUCCGCUGCUGCCUCCGGGGCUGAGCUGGGCGUCCAGGAAGAGUUACAGCUCGCAAGCUGCCCAGAGUGACGAGGAGGCCCCUCCGCUGCAUCGACUGACCAGCAACCCCGAGGCAGUCCCAGGUCAGGCUCUCCCUCCCCUGGAGUCAAGCCACGCUCUUUCCUGGGCCCUGCUGUGGGGGGCAGGGGGGCAGCCCUUUGCCGAGAACAGCAGCAGCAGCCCUUUCCUCUCCCUCCUCUCCAUCUUGCAGGUUCUGCCUCCAGGCACGAGUUUCAAGCAGAGACCAAGGAGCUGCUGGAUAUCGUGGCCCGCUCUCUCUACUCAGAGAAGGAGGUAGGCUGGCCGCUCCUGCCCUGAUGCAUCCCAAGGGUCCUUUUGCAGGGCAGAGCCAGCGCUUGCCACUGCCCAUGCCCGCUGAGCUGGCUUGACCCUAACUCCUCGUUGGGGGAUCCUGAGCCCUGGUAGUGGCUGCUGCCUUAAUUUGAAGCAACUUCCCUAAUGCAGACAUUUGGAGGGCAUCACUGCACCCCUUCUGCAGUGGGUUGGUUAGUUUCCCCAGGUUAGUGGAAAGCAGGUGCGCUGCGUUACAGACUCAGCCCUCCUCUCACCUCAGUUGGGAAGCCGUCCUUGUACCUCUUAGGGAAUAUGGCUGAUGUAGCGCCUUGCCCAACAUGUCUUUCCUCAAAGCUGCACACUCCACAGUCCGUGGAGCUUCCCUGAAGCCCUCCAACUCCUGGGAACUGCAAGGACCAGAACAGGCUCCCAGGAAAGGGAGUGAGUUGAAGGGCUUGAGAUCAGAUCAGACUGGGGCGGCAGUGCAGUGUGCUUGCAAAUCCAGGGUAGCUCCAACAAACUUUUCAUGUUGGUGACACACUUUUUAGAUGUGCAUCAUUUCCCGACAGAGCAAUUCAAUUUUACUAGCAAACCAGAGGUUGAACUAACCCCUUUCCAGCUCUGGGAUGAGUGUAGGGAGCAUUCACGUGACAUUCCUUCUUCUUCUUCUUUGGCGAUCCCUUGUAGCUUGUCUUCCAUAAACAUGGCUUUAACAAUGAGUCCGUAAGUGACUGUGGAGGCCAAUGCUGGAUCCUUACAUCCUUCCACGGUGGGGACAUUGGAUUCCGGGUGGGAGUUGAUCACAGAGUGGAUUUGCCAAGCAUGCCUUCCUCUUAGCUCAUUUCUCCCUUGUGUCUUGAGUUCGAGUGUCUUCAAAGCCCAUGACACCUUGAUAAAGGCUGUUCUCCAGUUGGAGCACUCGCAGGCAAGGGUUUCCCAGUUGUUGGUUUUAUACUACAUUUUUAAAGAUUUGCCUUGAGACAGACUUUAAACCUCUUUUGUUAACCACCAGCAUUACUGCAGCUGACGCACUAACAUGUCACGACACACAGUUUGGAAAGCUCUGCUCUAGAGGAUGCCUGCGGCUACAGUGUGUGGAGUCUCCCCUGCCUUUGGCUAGUGGGGGUGGAAGGCAUGACCCGCUUCCAUCUGGGAUGGGGCGCUGCUCCACACUCGAGUGCCACUCCCCUGCUGUCUCUGUGGUGCCCGUUUGCAUCAGCGUGGCCUCUCCCUGCAGGUGUUUAUCCGAGAGCUGAUCUCCAACUGCAGUGAUGCUUUAGAAAAAUUGCGCCACAAGCUGAUGUCCAAAGGGGAGAUCCUGCCAGAACUGGAAAUCCACCUUGAGACAGACUCCAAACAAGGAACCAUCACCAUCCAGGUACUGCUGCCGAGUGGAUGGCUUGCGCCAGAACUCCCCAGACUUCUCUAUUUGUUCCUACUCCUUGGCCAGGGCUGCCAAGGGAGGUCGCUGGACCGGAGAGAUUUUGCUGCCUCUGGCCCAAGGGGGACUGGUCUGGGGAUUCUGCCUAGCUUGAGACGUGGCCUUGGCCGCAGCUACCCAGUGAGCUUGGUGUCUGGUGGGAUUUGGCCCUGACUUAGCUUCUGACCUUGACACUGGACCCCAUAGACCAACCUUCUGGUGCAUUGCUCAGAUCAGAGCUGAUCUUUCAUAAACAGCUAGAAGCAAUGCUGCUGUGAAAUGUCUCUCUUGCCCGAGUCUGUGCAGAUGGGGGAGCGUUGCCCUCCCUAUCCCCAAGUGGGGGCCAGGACAUGACACAGAUGUCUUUGCCAUUCUCUUCCCUGCAGGACACAGGCAUCGGGAUGACCCAGGAGGAGCUAAUCUCUAAUCUUGGGACCAUCGCCAGGUCUGGCUCCAAGGUAACGGGGCAGGAGGGUUUGGGGCAGAGGGUGCAGGCUCUGGGGGUGCAGCUAGGCUUGCCACAGUUCCAGGGCGGAGCAAUCCCUGAGGCUACAAGGAGAGGGGGCACUGGCACCUUGGUGACCCCCCUUUGAGUUGUUGGGAAGCGGCUAGACAUCUGUCAUGGCAGCCUGGCUGCAAGCAAGGGGCUUUGUGUUCACAGGCCUUCCUGGACACGUUGCGGAGCCAGGCGGAAGCCGGCAGCAGGAUCAUUGGCCAGUUUGGAGUGGGCUUCUACUCGGCCUUCAUGGUGGCGGAUCGGGUGGAAGUUUUCUCGCAGUCAGCAGAGCCAGGCAGCCCUGGGUACUGCUGGCACUCGGAUGGGUAAGUGGUGCUCCGGAGGGACCUGGGCAAGACUGGGCAGCAGGCAGGAGGAAGUGUAGGGUGCGGGCAGAAAUCUUGGAUUUUUUAAAAUUUAAAUCAGAUGUUUUUCAAUUUAAAUUGGAUUUUUAAAAUAAAAGGCUUUUGGAGGAAAAAAAUCUUUCUAAAGAUAGUAUUCUAUUUAAGUUGCAUUAUAGUCCAUACUAAAACUCAGUCUAGUGUUGCUGUUUUUUUUUAAAAAAAUGUUUUUUUUUAAAAGAUAUUUAUUAAAGUUUCAACAUAUUACAAAAAUAAGCGAAAAAAGAAAGAAAAAAAGAGAAAAAAAUUGAAAAUGAAAAUACAAGAUAAAAACAGUUAAAAAACAGAUUAGUCUUUCCAUAUCUUAUCUUUCAUUUGCUUGUUUCCCCGACCUCCUCACACCUCCCUUUUUUGAAUUCCAGUUCAAAUUUGUUAAUUCAGCAAAUCCUUUCCCUCUUUGAUUUUAUCUUAAUCUUUUAUCUUAAUAUAUUAUAACUUUAGAUUAUCACCUGUUAACAAUCCAUUUUUACAUAUUCCUUUAUAACAUUGCUGCUAAAAACCACUUAACUUCAAUCCAACAUCAUUCUAACAUUCAUUAAUUUUGCAGUAUUUCUGUAGAUAGUCUUUAAAUUUCUUCCAAUCUUCUUCCACUGACUCUUCUCCCUGGUCUUGGAUUCUGCCAGUUUUUUUUUUUUUUUUAAAUAUUAAUAAUUUGUUUAACCACAUCAGUUAACAAACAUGGAUAUGUAUACUGUAACGUUAUUGUUUUAGUUAAAUAAAUUGUUCAAAUUGUUAUUAAGGAAACGGUUUUCUAAUCCUAGUUCUGGGACAUUUGAGAUCUCGGAAGCCUCUGGAGUUCAAACAGGGACGAAAAUAAUUCUCCACCUCAAGGAAGACUGCAAGGAGUUCGCCAACGAGGAGCGCGUCAAAGGUGAUUGCCCUGCACCUGGGUGGGGUUCCCCAGGGUGGCUUGGUGGGGGUUGGCUUGGGGAGUGGGUGUCUGUGGGGGGGGGGGGAGAAAGGCUUUGCACCUAGAAGCUCCCCGUCUCAGUCUCUGGCAGCGUCUCCUGUGAAGACCAAGACUCCAAAGAGCUGCCACCAAAAGCGGGCAGUUAAUGGCUCAAGUUGGACCGUUGGCAUGGCAUGGAUUCGCUGUCACUGGCUUCUGGGCUUGUUAAGUGCCAGGUUGAGAAGCGGGGGCUGGGGGGGGCCUUUCUGACCUCUUCCGGCCCUCCUUGUGCAACAUACCUGUGGUGGACCUCAAUGCGCUCAUGGUUCUGCCUUCCAGGAUCCCCUCAGCAUCCAGCCCUGCCUUUCCUUUCCUUUCCUAGUGGGCUGCUGUGGGCUGGUCUACCGUGUUUCUGGGCACCCCUUGGGUGGGUGGGCCAGUGGGCACCUCUGGAGUUUGGGUGUCCUGAGCAGGGCUGUUGACUAAGGUUGAUCAUCAAACCCCUUCCUUCUUUCCACUAGAGGUCAUCACAAAGUACAGCAACUUUGUUGGCUACCCCCUCUUCCUCAACGGUCGACGUGUCAACGCCAUGCAGGUAAGGCGGCUGCAGACUUGCGCUGCUUGGGCCCCAGACAUGCAGAAUAAUAAUAAUUUUUAUUUAUAUCCCGCCCUCCCCAGCCAAGACCGGGCUCAGGGCGGCUAACACCAGGUAUAAAAACAGUUGAUUAAAAUACAACUUAAAAACAAGAUUAAAGUGCAACAUUAAAAUGAAGCCUCCCGGUCCUCUUCCGCCCUGCUCAGAACAAGGUGCCGGUGAGGAGGAGCCGCUCUUAGGAAAGGCUCUGGGCCAGGAAGCCCUGCCUGGGAUUUUGCCUUCACCCUGGGCUUUGUGGGGGUCCUGUGCAAGUGGCUCUGAGGAGCAGCUCCCCCUCGGGAGCACAGGGGCAACAUUUGCUCUCUCCUGUGAGUUGCCAGAAGGACAGUGGAGGAUGCUUCUCAAUGCCGGAUCCUCUUCCCAUGGCCUCUUAAUUUCAGGGUGGGGUAGUGGCUUGGAGAAGGUUGCCAAUGCCCUCCUAGUCCCACGCUUGGUCCGCUUUGCGGGCAGGAGAAUUAUUCUGGGCUCCUCUUUGCUAUUCUGCCUGGAGCCUCGGGGUGUUUUGGGCUCGCCUCUGGACCAGACUCCUUCUGGCAGCAAUGGCAUUGGCUGUCUCUUGUGCCCUCUGAAUGCCUCAGCAGCCUCUGCAUCCCUGUCCGCCCCCCCUCUGCGCAGGCCCUCUGGACCCUGGAGCCAAAGGACAUUGGGGACUGGCAGCACAAGGAGUUCUACCGCUUCAUUGCUCAGGCCUACGACGAGCCGCGCUACGUCCUGCAUUACAAGACAGACGCGCCUCUCAAUAUCCGCAGCAUCUUCUACGUCCCAGAGGCGGUGAGGGCCCUGGGGGUAGCCCCACUCCCUUCCAGAGGCACUGAGGGGUGGUCUGCAGGAGGGGGGGCAGCCCCACCCCAGGAGAGAGGUUGAGCCGGGUCCCUCCCACCUGGCAGAACAUCCGGUUUCAACUUGGGCAACCCAGUCAGAUGGGUGGGGUAGAAAGAACAACGCCAUUAUUAUGACUUCCUGUGCCUCUAGAAGCCCUCCAUGUUUGACGUCAGCCGGGAGCUGGGCUCCAGCGUCGCUCUCUACAGCCGCAAGGUCCUCAUCCUGACCAAAGCCACGGACAUCUUGCCGAAAUGGCUCCGCUUCCUGAAAGGUAGCCACCCACCCCUUUGCAGGUGCCCUGGGGCAGGCAGGGGGUUUGCUUCUGGGCCACAGCUCCCCCUUGCCCUCCCUCCCCCUGACGCUGCCCCUCCCUCUGUUUGGUGCAGGAGUCGUGGACAGCGAAGAUCUCCCUCUGAACCUCAGCCGGGAGCUGCUCCAGGAGAGCGCACUCGUCAGGUGAGCUACCUGUGGGCUGUGUCCGUGUGUGCACCUCCCGCCCUCUGGCCCUGGGGCUUUCCUGGAAGCGAUUCUGCCGUGGCCUCCAAGGGGGCGUGUGAGGCUCCGCUCGCUGAUCCGCCUUCCCCCAAGGCAGGCUGUUGGUCUGCCCUGCCCAGUGUCGGCUGCUCUGGCUGGCAGUGGCCCUCCAAGGUUCCCCUUGUCGGGAUUCACAGAAUGCUGUGUGAGAUAGUCAGUCUGCAGGCUUGAGUUUGCUGGCUGAUGCAGCUGGCUGAUGCAAUCCGCCUGCAAUACUUUCUAUGGAAGUGCUGGGUCAGAAAGACUCGGCAGUAGUGUGCUGUCAGUUGAUUGGCUGUCAUCGGUUUAAAAGGGAAACCUGUCCAGCAGUAAAGGUGGUGGUGCAGAGGAGUGUGGUCAGAGAGAGAGAGAUAGAAAGAUCUUCCUAUUUGCCUUAAAGUGCAGCCAGGUACUCUGUUUGACUUUAUGAACUGCUAGUUUAUUAUAGCCUGUAGAUAUUUGUAUAUAUAGCUCACAAUAUACCGGUAUAUACUGCACUGAAGAACCUGGAACUCUGAGCAUUUCUGCUAAAGCGCCACGGAGAAUUCACGACACCCCUUUCCUUUUUUUUUUUUUUUGACAAAGUAAUAAUAAAGAAUAAGAAUAAACAUGUGCACCCCACUACUGAGACCAUUCCAUUGUAACUAUCCAACCUCCCAAAAUUUCAACACCUCUUGCGAUGGUUUGACCCCUUUCCGUUCUAACAGUACAAAUUCUACAAACACCCUCCAUAUCUCCUCAGAGUCAUUUCUCCCGAGUAUUCCCCGUCUUACCUUAGUGGCACAUGUUAAUGUAUCAUUAAUAGCUAUAUCCCACAUCUCUUUAUACCAUUCUUCUAUUUUAUAUUCUGUUUGCCCCUUCCACUUCCUAGCUGUAAUAACUCGUGGAGCUGUCAAUAAAUUUGUGAGCAAGUCCUUCAUCGCCUGCAAUCCUUCCACUCCAUCGUAAAUUGAUAACAGUGCUACUUCUGGACUUUUGGUCAGCUUUAACCCAGGGAUUUCUGUUACCUCCUUAGACACCCUUUGCCAGAAAAAUUGGGUCCCCCUUUCCUGCCUGCUCCUUUGGGCUGGGCCCUGGCACCUUCUCCUGCAGGCCUGCUCCCUUCCUCGUCACCAGGGGGCAGGGAUUGGGGCCCUCCCGGUGUUGCUGUGACUCCUGCUCCCAUUAGCCCUGGCACCUGCUGUGGCUAAUGCCAGGAAUUGGGAUCCCAGCAGGCAGAGGUGCGAUUGGUCAAAAUGCUUUUGGGAGGCUUCUUGGUCACAGAGCAAUGCCAACUUCUUCUUUUUUAUAUAUAUAAAUUUUUAUUAGUUUUUAAACAUAUCAUUUUCAAUAGUAAUUAAACAUACUUUUACAUCUUAUUCAAUUUUUUUUUUACUUCUAUCAGUCCUGUCUGAAAAUUUCCCAAUCUAAUUUCUUAGUAUGCAUUUCUUAUUUUCCUUAUUACAUUUCAAACUCAUAACCAAUAUCUCUUAUCUUUUUCUGCUUUGUAACACUUUGUUUAUUUCUCCGUACAAAACUUCUUGUAGUCCUACUAGCGUAAUUUGUUGAUUACAGUUGCUUUUCAAAUAAUUCAUAUACUUCUUCCAAUCUUCUGUAAAUCUCUGGUCCCGCAGGUUUCGAAUCCUUCCUCCCAUUUUGUCCAAUUCUGCAUAGUCCAUUAAUUUCGUCUGCCGUUCUUCUUUCAUCAGAAUUUCUUCAGAGCAAUGCCAACUUCACUUAGAUUGCACAUGGCACCUAGGCAAAUCUUUUGGUGAAGGGGGGAAAGAAUAGAAACCCCCCUCCCGGCCAGAGGUGCUUCAGCCUGUCACUGUCUGCAGUCUUUCCUCCGCUGCCUCUCCUGCCCCUCUUUUAAUCUUUGGGGCUUGCAGGCACUUACCUCCCCCCUGCCAUCUCCCUGAUGUUGGGUGUUGUCCUGCAGGAAGCUCCGGGGAGUCUUGCAGCAGAGGCUGAUCAAGUUCUUCAUUGAGCAGAGCAAGAAGGACCCCGAGAAGUACGCCAAGUUCUUUGAGGACUACGGGCUCUUCAUGCGCGAGGGGAUAGUCACCAUCGCCGAACAGGAUGUCAAGGUGUGUCGAGGGACAGCUGAGGGGCGAGGUUUAUUCUUGCCAAGUUUCCAGAGGGAGGUGGGAAACCGGGUGUGAUGCCACCUACUUCAUUUCUUUCAUAAAAUUGGAUUGUAAAACACACCCUCCAAGUGGUUUACUUGGGCAGCGGAUGCCCUGAUGAAGGGUGAGGGGUCUGCCUCCUUUGCCCUCUGACUGACGGGACUCUCCUUCCCAGGAAGACAUAGCCAAGCUGCUUCGCUACGAGUCCUCGGCGCUGCCCGCUGGCCAGCUGACCAGCCUCUCGGACUACGCCGGCCGCAUGCAGGCCGGCAGCCGGAACAUCUACUACCUGUGCUCUCCCAACCGCCACCUGGCCGAGCACUCGCCCUACUACGAAGCCAUGAAGAAGAAGGAUGUGGAGGUGAGCAGGAGAGCAAAGGGGGGCCUGGGAAGCAAAGCCCCAGCCGGGGCCUGUGGGAGCCCCUUUCCCAGCAAGCGCUCUGGGGUUGGGCACCGGGAGCAGAGGAGGAACCCUGUGCCCGGGGUGGUGGCGGCCAUUCUUCCUUUCCUUGGAACUGAGGACACCCCCCCCCCAUUUGGGCCCCACAGGUGCUCUUCUGCUAUGAGCAGUUUGACGAACUGACCCUCCUGCACCUCCGGGAGUUUGACAAGAAGAAGCUGAUGUCUGUGGAGACGGAUAUUGUCGUCGACCACUACAAGGAGGAGAAGUUUGAGGAGAAGCACCCAGGUGGGCUUCUGCUCUGCGGCAGGAAGAGGGUGUGAGCCCUUCUCAAGCAGAGUUGGCUGCCUAGCUUGGAGGAGGUGGGGAAUCACCCAUCGUGGAGGGGUGGGAAUACCCCAGGAGGUGUCCCAGAGGCUGGCCUCUUGUCAGCACUCCCCACCCUCUCAGGAAGGACUUUGUGGCUGUGACUGAGGGGUUUCUCUCCUCUUCCCCCACCCUGAUCCAUUCCCCUGAAGCAGAAGAGUCUCUGAGUGCCUCGGUUGCAGAGGAGCUCCUGGCCUGGAUGAGGAAUGCACUUGGCCCACGGGUUGCUGCCAUCAAGGUGAGGGUCCGGGGCAGGGGGGCAGGCGGGCAAGUUAUAAUUACAAUAAUUUCAUUAUUUAUACCUUCCCAAUCUGGCUUGGUUUCCCCAGCCACUUUGGGUGGCUUACAGCACAUGAAACAUUGUAAAAUCAGACACAAAACAUUUCUCGAUACAGGGCUGCCUUCAAAUGUUUUCUAAAAGUCAGACAGUUGUUUAUUUCCUUGACAUCUGGUGGGAGGGCGUUCCACAGGGCGGGCGCCACCACCGAGAAGGCCCUCUGCCUAGUUCCCUGUAACCUCACUUCUCGCAGUGAGGGAACUGCCAGAAGGCCCUCGGAGCUGGACCUCAGUGUCCGGGCUGAAGGAUGGGGGUGGAGACGCUCCUUCAGGUAUACUGGACCAAGGCCGUUUAGGGCUUUCAAGGUCAGCACAAACACUUUGAAUUGUGCUCGGAAACAUACUGGGAGCCUAUGUAGGUCUUUCAGGACCGGUGUUAUGUGGUCUCGGCCGCUCCCAGUCACCAGUCCAGCUGCCGCAUUCUGGAUUAGUUGCAGUUUCUGGGUCACCUUCAAAGGUAGCCCCACAUAAAGCGCAUGGCAGUAAUCAAAGCAGGAGAUAACCAGAGCAUGCGCCACUCUGGCCUGAGUGGGAGGCCUGAGUUUGCACACAAUCUAGGGAGAACACUUUGGCCACCUUGAGGGCUUGGGUCUCGGGAAGCCCCCUGGCUGGGCCUGGCAGGACUUUGGGCUUCAGUGAGGCCUUUCCAGGAACGGGCGUCGCUGGGAGCUGUUUCUGCAGCCACAGUGUGACCUGUCAGGAUGGUGAUGACUGUUUGUGUGAAGGGCUGAGAGCAUAAAUGACUGGAAAGGGCAGUUGUGAGGGAUCUGGGCAAACCCAUGUACUGGCCUGCUAUUUCCUCUCAGCAGCUUGCUUCCUGGGACCUGGUGGGGAGGCAGGAGGGUCUGCUAGCCUUGACCUCACCCCCCUCCUUCCUGCUGCCCUACAGGUGACUCCCCGCCUGGAGAUGCACCCGGCCAUGAUCACCGUCCUGGAGAUGGGUGCUGCCCGCCACUUCCUCCGGAUGCAGCAACUGGCCAAGACCACCGAGGAGCGAGCUCAGAUCCUUCAGCCCACGCUGGAGAUCAAUACUGGGUAUUGGAGUUGGGAGUGGGCGGGGGGACAGCCAGAGCUGGAACUGGGGGAGGGGGAAUCCCGGGACGUGAUGCACGGGGAACCGCAUUGUCUCCUGCACAUCCUGCUUUCGGACGCCUCCCUUUGGGGCCUCUGCAAGGGCUCUCCUUGGGGAGGGCACAGGUGGAGAGGAGGCUUUGGGGAAGGAAGCCCAUGCGCUCUGCCUGCUGCAGCGCUCAAGCUGCUCCUCCGUCUUCCCUUGCUAGGCACGCUCUGAUCAAGAAGCUCAACCAGCUCCGCUCCAGCCAGCCAGAUCUGGCCCUGAUGCUGCUUGACCAGGUGAGCUAGCUUCUGCUUCCUCAGAGGAGAAGCCUAGGCACACAGAGGGGCACAUGGACUGCCAGCGUCUCGUCAUGCCCUCAGGAGAGCAGUGGAAAGGGGUGGGGGAGGCAUCCAGUGCCUUUGCAAUGACGAGCUGAAACUACUGGCACCUGCACAAGCAGGGAACAGUGUAACCCCCUGCCACCCCCCCAUGGAUUCCCUGGGCCUCUCUGAGAGCUUUCGAGGGGCGGGCAGAAGAAUCAUAGAAUUAUAGAGUUGGAAGAGGCCAAGCAGAUCAUGUAGUCCAGCCCCCAGGAGAGCAGCUACUGAGGGAAAUGGGCCCCUCCUGUCCUGUUUUCCUUGCCCACUCCUGGCUGGCAUUCAGAGCAGAAUCCCAUCUCUGUCCAUUGGUGCUCCUGCCAUACUCUGGGACACAGUAAGCCAAGGUAGCCCCCCCUCUACCCCGCCCCGCUUCAUUGCUCCUUCCUUCGCUGGCAGAUCUACGACAACGCCAUGAUAGCAGCAGGCCUGAACGAUGACCCCCGGCCGAUGGUGAACCGGCUGAACGAGCUCCUUGCCAAAGCCCUGGAGAAGCACUGAGAGUCCUGCCUGGAGCUGAGCUGGGGCAGUCCUGCCUGUCUUCAGAGGGGUGCUUGGCCUGGCUUGCCUGCUCUUUUGGCAAGCUCUUGGCCUGGGCUCCCACAUCCGGAUCUUGGCCCGUUGGAAAGAGCAGAGGGGCCAGAGCUGAGCCACCUGGAGCCACUGUCCUUUAUUUCAAAACGUGUGUUUGCGCAGCCGGCUGUCAGGUGUGCGUUUCUGGACUUGCCUGCAGGCUGCGUGUGUUGGCAGUACCUCUAAGUAAAGACUUUUAAACCCCCAGUUCUGAAAUGUAUCGCCC